AUGCAACCGCGGCGCACGUUUCGCCCACACCGCAUCCUAAGCGAGUGGGCUGAAGACCUUAGCUCGGAGACCGAUGGGCCGGGGGCGGAGACAGUAGAGGCGGCCGAGCGGCAGCUGGAGGCGGCGUCCCAGCAGCGGCUGUCCUGCCUCGAGGCGGCCCUGUCCACCAGAAAAGAUCCGGGCUUUGUCGUUUUCCUCGUAGAGCCUGUUAAAGAAGCUUAUUGGGAGGGAGUUACUUGUGCCGAACCGAAUGGAAACUUCAUAAGUUGGAAUGGGGAGUAUUGUAUGCGUGGAUGUAUGGACGUUUCCAAGAGGAGGAGAUUAAAUGGAAGACCGAGAUGUGCAGUGGAGUGCGGGAGCCGCGGCGAGAGCCUUCGGAUUCGUUAUGCCUCUAACUUGUCGUCCCGCGCCGCUGCCUUUUACUGUUUUAUUCAGUCGCCCAACGCUCUUGUUGAAUUCAUCGCGACGCUUCGCUAUAAGUAUAGACUUAGUACGGAGCUUUGUGCAAGCUCAAGCCGCGUGCGAUAUCCUCGCCAUCUGGUGAAGUGUUUGCCGUCCCCCAGCGGCCCUCCACGGCGGCGGCACAAUGUGGAAGGACCACCCCCAGCCAUUACAUCUCCUCAGGAUGAAAGGAGCUCAGAUCAUGCUCCGCCGCCUCCCCGAUUUGAUCACGAGUUCCUCCUCAAUCGGGGUUCUGUUGAUCCUGUCCCAGGAAGACUGAGGAUCUAUUUUGCUCAUAUUUUUGUAAAUAAAUUUGGAGCGGUGCUGAGAGGGCUUUUAAAAGGGCAGGACACUUAA